AUUUUCUAUAAUUUUUAAAACCAAAAUUCAAUCUAGGGAAUGAACGAAUUAGCGCAAAUUAAUGAAUAUAUCAAGAAGAUUGAAGAAAUGUACAGCGAAUCUUUCUUUGAAAAGAGAAUGAAUGACACUUCAUCGGAAGAAAAAAAUAAUGAGAUCAAAUUUAUGAUGGAAUAAAUCAAUCAAGACCAGGGUGUUAUCGAAAAUCUAAUUUACAUCUCUCUAUUUUUAAUAGGAACUUUAUAAGCUAAACAGGAUGAUGAAUAAGAAAAUAAUGAUUUUCAAGAAAAACAAAGAAAGCAACUCUUAAACGAAUUGCAAUAAGAAAGAGAUUAAAUACUUCAGUAUAAGAACUUGUACCAUGAAAAAUGUUAGAUCAUAGAUGAAUAAUUAAAUGUUAUUUCAGAUUUGGAGCAAUAAGUAUCAAUUUUAAAGAAUCAAAACACUAAUCUAGAAAAUCAAAACUUAAGAAUUCAAAGGAGCCAAAUAGAUAAUGGUAGCAUAACAGAAAUUAUUUAACUUUAAGAAUAAUAAUUAGUGAAAAAUCAAAAUUUUUAAUAAGAAUUAUAGGCUGUGAAUCAAAAAUUGAAAUCAGAUUUGUAAGCUAAUUAAAUUGAGAUCAAUGAUUAUAAAGAUUAAAUAGAAGAACUAAAUUUACUAUUGAAAUAAAUGAAGUUUGAGUUUUCAUAAUUAAAAUUACAAAAGUAAUAGUAGGAUAUUCUGAUAUAAUCAUUAGAAUAAGAUCUCAAAAUCUAAAAUGAAAUUGUAAUUGAUUAUGAAAUUUAAAUAGAUCAAUUGAAGGAGUAAAUUAGAUCAAUAAACAUUACUAAGAUGAAAUAAAACGAAAAAGCAAUUGAAAAAAAAGGAGAUGAUUAAGAUUACAAUUUAUAAAAUAGCGCCUACACCACUAACUUAGAAGCAACUUAAUUCAGCGAAGUCUAAUAAUCGAAUUAUUAAUAAACACAACCUAAUCUUAAAUUAUAACUCCCUUUACUGUCAUACAGAUAAUAAUUAUAUAAAUUUCAAAUUCCAGAAGUUUCUGAAAGGUAAGAGCAAUCAGAUUAAACCCAAAAAGGCAACUAAAAUGAAAGCGAUCUUUAUACUGUUGUUUCAACCUUUGAAGUCAAUUAGGUUGAGAAGGAGAAUUUAAGAGAUAAAAUCAAAAGUGUUUAAGAAGAUAAUCAAAUUGAAAGUGCUCCUAAUUCAUAAUUUGUUUCAUAAACAGCAAGAUUAGAUCUAAAUAAAACUUAGAUUCCAAAAUUUCAAUUCUCAGACAUUAAUAAUAGGAUCACGGUUGCCAAAUAAAGAAAAUCAAAAACUAUUGAAUAAGUUGGUGUGUAAUAGUAUUUGCAAUAGCUUGGAAAGAGAUCUAAUUCAAAAAUAAUUGAAAUUUAGAAGUCUUACCCAGAUCCAUAUUACAUCUUCUUUGAACUUCUAGUAUAAUGCGUGAAAAUGAACUCAGAUAAUUUUGAUGAGAUUUAUAGUGUGAACACAGAAACCCUGUAUAAAGAGUGUUAAAAGGAAGGUAAGGCUUAUUUCGAGUGGUAAGACUGGGUUCAAAAGAGAUUGAACAUAGAACAAAUGUAGAACUUAGGUUGA